ACGCCUCAUCCUUUGGUCACUUAUGUCUUUUUGUAAGCGACGUGUUUGCUCGUUGCCACUCCCAUUACACACGAUCACACUCUCUCGUUCAACCAUACGCUGCUGCUGCUGCUGCUGCUUGUAUCUUGUAAUCUUCGAUUUCGGUUUCAUCUUCAGUUCUAAGGUAUGGCUUCUUCUGACAAGCCAGAAAUAGUUGAUAGAGAUGUCAAGGAGGAUGACAAAGAUGAAGAGAAGGGUGGAUUUAUUGACAAGGUGAAGGACUUCAUUCAAGACAUAGGUGAAAAGAUUGAGGGAGCAAUUGGAUUUGGGAAGCCAACUGCAGAUGUUACUGAAAUUCACUUCCCCACAAUCAACCUUGAGAAAGCCGAGAUUGUUGUUGAUGUGCUUAUUAAAAACCCAAAUCCUGUUCCAAUCCCUCUCAUUGACAUCAACUACUUGAUCGAGAGUGAUGGAAGGAAACUUAUUUCGGGGUUGAUCCCAGAUGCUGGAACUAUUCGUGCACAUGGCGAGGAGACCGUCAAAAUCCCAAUUCAUCUGGUUUAUGAUGAUAUUAAAAAUACAUAUGAUGACAUUAAGCCUGGGAGUAUAAUUCCUUACAAGAUUAAGGUUGACUUCAUUGUAGAUGUGCCUAUUUUUGGAAGGCUUACUCUACCAAUUGAGAAGACUGGAGAGAUCCCCGUACCUUACAAGCCUGAUAUUGAUCUUGAGAAAAUUAAAUUUGAGAGGUUCUCCUUUGAAGAGACCGUGGCAGUGCUUCACUUGAAGCUGGAAAAUAAGAAUGAUUUUGACUUGGGCCUCAAUUCUUUAGAUUAUGAGGUUUGGCUGUCCAAUGUGAGCAUUGGUGGUGCAGAACUGGCAGAAUCUACCAAACUCGAUAAAAAUGGUAUAAAUUAUGUCGAUAUUCCAAUCACCUUCAAGCCUAAGGAUUUUGGUUCCGCACUCUGGGACAUGAUUAGAGGAAAAGGCACUGGUUACUCCAUGAAAGGACAUAUUAAUGUGGACACACCUUUUGGAGCUAUGAAGUUGCCCAUCAGCAAGGAGGGUGGGACAACCCGCCUCAAGAAGAGCAAAGAAGAUGGUGGUGAUGAUGACGAUGACGACGAGGAAUAAAAAACAGACAGCAUCUGGAAGUUGUUUCUUCAAGUAGCUGUUGUUCGCUUACUGGUAGAGAGUCAGUACAAUAAUACAUCAGAAGGUUAUUGAAAUGAAGGUAUCAACUUCUCUGCAAUCUUUAAGCAGGGAAAUCAGCAUCUCCAUUUGUGCAUUUGUGUUGUUGACUAUAUCGCAAUGUGGGCACCUUCUCUGAUAUCUUUAAACAGGGAAAUCAGUGCCUCUAUUUGUGUAUGUGUGUAAUUGUUGGCUAUAUCGGAAUGUGGAUUUUUAUAAAAAAAAAAUACUUUACCCCUA